AGCAACAUCUCAUGCGUCAUUUCCGCUGAACGUUAGCGUGAUGCUGAACUAGGGAACUUGUUCAGAUCUAAACAGGAGGAAAAUUAAAGACCUCCGUCAUACAAUCCCAUAGUCAUCCACCUGAUUACCUUCUUGAAUACCAGACGAGCUGACCCUUCCUAUUACAAUCCACUCCCGUUCUUCCUAAAAACAUAUCGUUAUUGGUCUUGAAAAUACUUCCACCUCCUGCUUUUGCUCUGUUUCUCCAUCUUUCCCUCGUUUAGUUCUACUCUUUCCCUCCCGUCCAUCAUGACUGAACCAGAGCUUCUCACAGAGGUCCCUGCGUCUCUGAAACGGCUGGCCAAGCAGGUUGUGCGAGGUUUCUAUGGCAUCGAGCAUGCUCUCGCUCUGGAUGUGCUGAUCCGGAACCCCUGCGUACGUGAAGAGGACAUGCUGGAACUGCUUAAGUUCGACCGCAAGCAGCUGCGUUCGAUUCUGAACACACUCAAGGCUGACAAGUUUGUCAAAUGUCGUAUGCGUGUGGAGACGGCACCUGACGGCAAGACGACACGACACAAUUACUAUUUCAUUAACUACCGGCUGCUGGUUAAUGUGGUGAAGUACAAGCUGGACCACAUGCGCAGACGCAUUGAGACGGACGAGCGGGACUCGACUAACAGAGCAUCCUUCCGCUGCCCCUGCUGCAUGAACACAUUCACUGACCUUGAGGCCAACCAGCUGUUUGACCCCAUGACUGGAACGUUCCGCUGUACCUUCUGUCAAACAGAAGUAGAGGAGGACGAAUCAGCCGUGCCAAAGAAAGACGCCCGUACUUUGGUGGCGCGAUUCAACGAGCAGAUCGAGCCUAUCUAUGUAUUGCUACGAGAGACGGAGGACAUCAACUUGUCACACGAUCUCCUGGAGCCCGAACCGUCAGAAAUCCCAGCCCUAAAACAAAGUCGGGAGCGGGCCGCCCAGAUCGCAGGAGGAGCUGGUGCAGGGGCACCUGGUCGGGAAGUAUGGAAAAACAAGGGCUCAUCGUAUGACCUCUACUCGCAGGAUGUGGUCAUCAGCAUGGAAGACCAGGAGCCUCAGCCUGGCCAGACUACCGAGGGAAAAGCCCCCAAAGAGAGGCCCGUAUGGCUGACGGAAAGCACAGUGCAGGGGGCGUACAGCGAGACAGAUGCUCUGAAGCAACCUGGCGAGGACUCUAUAGUAACCCAGGAGGGAAUGUCUGGACGAGGAGCCACACAGGAUGAGAACGAGGAGGUGAUGCUGGCUCUCCUCAUUCACGAGAAGAGGAGCGGAGUUGGUCCAGGAGGUGCUGUCGUGUCCAGACCGACCGUUCCAGCGGCUAACGCCAGCGACUCUGACAGCGAUACCAGUGAAUCGGACGAAGACUUGCCGCCUCAGGCUCCAGCCCACACUAUGCACAACGCUACAGCCCUGCGGCCAAGAAAACAAGAGGAUGAGGAGGACGAAGAUGAUGAGUUCGAGGAGGUCGGGGACGACCCUGUGGUUAUGGUAGGGGGAAGACCUUUCUCUUACAGGGAAGUAAGCCAGAGACCUGAGCUGGUGGAACAGAUGAGCGCUCAGGAGAAAGAGGCGUACAUUGAGAUGGGCCAGAACCUCUUCCAGGACAUGUACUUCUGAGUUCAUCAUGUCUGUCUGCAUCACAUUCGUUCUCGCUUUUGUCCGUUUUUUUUUUAAAGAAUAGUUUUGAUCGCUCUCACAACAGUGUUGUGCGACGUGCCAGAGCUGAGAAAUGUAGUGUUAUAUCGUUGACCGUUCUUCUUUUU